AUGUCCCACAGCGAGAGCACCAGCGUCGACCUCGUACGCGGCGAUGAAGAGCGCGUCCCGCCAACGACGCCCGCCGGGGCGGGCGGCAAGAAGGGACUCCGUUUCUGGCUCGUGCUCAGCGCUCUACUGUUGUCUGCCUUCCUCGCCGUCCUCGAAGCGUAUGCGAUAUCGACCGCGUUGCCGACGAUCGUGAGCGAUCUGCACGCCAGCGAUUUCGUAUGGGUAGCCAGCGCAUACGGCAUAGCGAGCACGGCGCUGCUUCCGCUGAGCGGGGGCCUAGCGGAGGUAUUCGGGCGUCGUCCCGUUGCGCUUGGCUGCCUGUUCCUGUUCGCGCUGGGAGGCGCGUUGGCCGGGGCCUCGCAGAGCAUGAAUAUGCUCAUCGCCGCCCGCGUUGUCCAAGGUGCAGGCGCUGGCGGCAUAUUGACGUUAUCGCAAAUAAUCCUGUCCGACCUCGUCACGUUGCAAGAGAGAGGGACGUACAAUGGCUUGUUUGGACUCACAUGGGCUUUGGGUGGAGGCAUAGGCCCUGUUGUUGGCGGUGCCUUGUCGCACCAUACUACUUGGAGGUGGUUGUUCUAUCUCAACGUUCCCGCCUGCGCUAUCGUUGCGAUAUUCAUGAUCUUCGCGCUCCGGUUGAAUCGGCCACCCUCUGGCAAGAUCUCGCGGAUGCUGGCCCGUCUGGACUGGGUCGGCAAUACGCUUGUCAUUGCGUCAACGUGCGCCUGUGUCAUCGGGCUGACCUGGGGCGGCGUCGUCUUCAGCUGGCACUCCGCUCAGGUUUUAACGCCCCUGAUCUUGGGAAUAGUGGGACUUGUCGUCUUCUUCCUGUACGAGUGGCGCGUCAGCAAGCAUCCCGUGGUACCUCUGUAUCUCCUCGCAAACCGGACAAGCAUGAGUGGGUACGCUCAGAUAUCGUUGGCCGCCUUCGUCAACAUCACCCUUCUGUAUUACCUACCGGUGUACUACCAAGCAUGCAAGGACGCCUCACCGACAGCGUCCGGCGUCGACCUCUUCGGACUGUGCUUCUCGACCGGCCCGGUGUCGAUCCUCGUCGGCGCGAGCAUCGCCAAGCUUCGGAGAUACCGCCCACAGCUGUGGCUCGGCUGGUGCCUCAUCAUCGUCGGCCUCGCCCUCAUGAGCACCGUCUCGGAGAACACGAGCAAGGCCGCCUCUGUCGGCUACCAGGUCGUCACCGGGUGCGGGAUCGGCAUCCUCUACUCCGCCGCCUACUUCCCGGUGCUCGCGGCUCUCCCCGUCACGUCGAACUCGCCAGCGCUGGCGCUGUUCAUGUUCCUCCGCACCUUCGCCCAGGCCUGGGGAGUCACCAUCGGCGGCGCCAUCCUGCAAAACGAGCUCCAAGGACGCCUCCCUGCCUCUCUCAAGCAGAACCUCCCGGACCUGGACAACAUCGCGUACGCCAUCAUCCCGAUCAUACCGUCUCUGCAGGGCCCGUCAAAGGCCAUCGCGCGCCGCGCGUUCGCCGAGUCGCUCGCGACGGUCUGGCGGGUCCUCAUCGCCGUCUCGGGCGUCGGUCUGCUCGCGAGUCUGCCUAUGAGGGGACUGCCGCUGCACGCGAUGAAGGACGAGAACUGGGCGAUGCGAGGAACCGAGAGGAAGGUGGAAGGUGAACCAGACGAGGACGGGUAAUCGACUAGGUGAUGUAGUGUAGUGUCGAAUGGAACUACGAAAUUUGCC